GUACGGAGUGUGGCCGAUGGUUGGACUUUGUACUCCGAACCCUGAUACUCCUGACGAGAUACUAGGUCGUCUGCUCUCUGUGCUGUUCCAUUGGUUCCAUGUUACCAGCUUUUCGUACACCGAUUGUACUGCUUGA